UUCCUGUUCUCUGCAGAUGUGCAGCUUGCUGAAGGAGGUGGUCACCAGCAGGAGGAGCCCCCCCCCCACAUCAAAGAGGAAGAGGAGGAGGAGGAGAUAAAGCCCACCUUCACUCCUGUCCCUAUGAAGAGUGAAGAUGAUGAAGAGGAGCCUCAGUCCUCUCAUCUUCAUCAAAGAGACACUGUGGGACCAGAUGGAGAGGACUGUGGAGGACCAGGACCAGCCAGGAACCAGGAUCCAGAUCCAGGGUUAGAACCCAUCAUUGAGGAGGACUCCCUGGACUCCUCUGAGACUGACGACAGUGACUGGUCUUUCCCAGACGAGGCUCAGUCGGGGGUCGGGGCCCCGAACAGGGACGCUCCGAAGAGCGAUGUGGGGUCGUCUCCCAAAGAGAGGCCAUUCCCCUGCUCCUUCUGCGGGAAGAGAUUCAGCCUGAAGGGGAACCUGAACCGGCACGUCAGAGACCACAUGGGCGAGAGACCCUUCCCCUGCACCGGCUGCAACAAGACCUUCAAAGACAGCGGCUCUCUGACGGCCCACAGGAGGAUCCACACCGGAGAACAGCCCUACAGCUGCCUGUUCUGCGGGAAGAGCUUCAGCGGCCUGGGGAACAUGACCCGGCACAUGAGGAUCCACACCGGAGAGAAACCCUUCGAAUGCUCCGUCUGCAGCAAGAGCUUCCACAGCAAGGAGCACCUGAACCGACACAUGAAGUUCCACACAGGGGAGAAACCCUUCAGCUGCUCCGUCUGUGGGAAGGGCUGUGUGCAGAAGACAGACCUGAAGAAACACAUGAAGGUCCACACCGGAGAGAAACCCUUCAGCUGCCCCUUCUGCGGGAAGUGCUGCGCUGAGAAGGGGGACCUGAAGAUCCACAUGAGGGUCCACACCGGAGAGAAACCCUUCAGCUGCACUGUCUGUGGGAAGGGCUGUGCCCGGAAGGCCUGCCUGACGGUCCACAUGAGGGUCCACACCGGAGAGAAACCCUUCAGCUGCUCCGUCUGCGGGAAGUGCUGCGCUAAGAAUGGGGACCUGACCAAACACAUGAGGGUCCACACAGGGGAGAAACCCUUCAGCUGCACCGUCUGCGGGAUGAGAUGCACCCAGAGGGGCAGCCUGAAGAUCCACAUGAGGGUUCACACCGGAGAGAAACCCUUCAGCUGCUCCAUCUGCGGGAAGAGCUUCGCCGUCACCGGACGCCUGAAGAAGCACCUGAGGCUGCAUGAGGCUGGAGGGCAACAGGAAGUAGUAGGGAGUGAUUCACACUCAGCUGGAGACCAACAGGAAGUAGAACCUCUCUGUGGUUCUGGAGGGAGCGGUGACCCCCCUUGGCUGUCGGCGAUCAAAGGACAGAAAGAGACGGUAAAUGAACCAGGGCACUCUGGAGAAAGAUGUAAGGUUGGAGAAGUAAUGUGCAGCUCGCUGAAGGAGAGUGAAGAUGAUGAAGAGGAGCCUCAGUCCUCUCAUCUUCAUCAAAGAGACACUGUGGGACCAGAUGGAGAGGACUGUGGAGGACCAGGACCAGCCAGGAACCAGGAUCCAGAUCCAGGACGAGGCUCAGUCGGGGGGUCGGGGGCCCCGAACAGGGACGCUCCGAAGAGCGAUGUGGGGUCGUCUCCCAAAGAGAGGCCAUUCCCCUGCUCCUUCUGUGGGAAGAGAUUCAGCCUGAAGGGGAACCUGAACCGGCACGUCAGAGACCACACGGGCGAGAGACCCUUCCCCUGCACCGGCUGCAACAAGACCUUCAAAGACAGCGGCUCUCUGACGGCCCACAGGAGGAUCCACACCGGAGAACAGCCCUACAGUUGCCUGUUCUGCGGGAAGAGCUUCAGCGGCCUGGGGAACAUGACCCGGCACAUGAGGAUCCACACCGGAGAGAAACCCUUCGAAUGCUCCGUCUGCAGCAAGAGCUUCCACAGCAAGGAGCACCUGAACCGACACAUGAAGUUCCACACAGGGGAGAAACCCUUCAGCUGCUCCGUCUGUGGGAAGGGCUGUGUGCAGAAGACAGACCUGAAGAAACACAUGAGGGUCCACACCGGAGAGAAACCCUACAGCUGCCCCUUCUGCGGGAAGUGCUGUGCUGAGAAGGGGGACCUGACCAAACACAUGAGGGUCCACACAGGGGAGAAACCCUUCAGCUGCACCGUCUGCGGGAAGAGCUGCGCCCAGAAGGGCAGCCUGAAGAUCCACAUGAGGGUCCACACCGGAGAGAAACCCUUCAGCUGCUCCGUCUGCGGGAAGAGCUUCGCCGUCACCGGACGCCUGAAGAAGCACCUGAGGCUGCAUGAGGCUGGAGGGCAACAGGAAGUAGUAGGGAGUGAUUCACACUCAGCUGGAGACCAACAGGAAGUAGAAACCUCUCUGUGGUUCUGGAGGGAGCGCUCUAACGUGCAGCUCGCUGAAGGAGGUGGUCACCAGCAGGAGGAGCCCCCCCCCCACAUCAAAGAGGAAGAGGAGGAGGAGGAGAUAAAGCCCACCUUCACUCCUGUCCCUGUGAAGAGUGAACAUGAUGAAGAGGAGCCUCAGUCCUCUCAUCUUCAUCAAAGAGACAAUAUGGGACCAGAUGGAGAGGACUGUGGAGGACCAGGACCAGCCAGGAACCAGGAUCCAGAUCCAGGGUUAGAACCCAUCAUUGAGGAGGACUCCCUGGACUCCUCUGAGACUGACGACAGUGACUGGUCUUUCCCAGACGAGGCUCAGUCGGGGGUCGGGGCCCCGAACAGGGACGCUCCGAAGAGCGAUGUGGGGUCGUCUCCCAAAGAGAGGCCAUUCCCCUGCUCCUUCUGCGGGAAGAGAUUCAGCCUGAAGGGGAACCUGAACCGGCACGUCAGAGACCACACGGGCGAGAGACCCUUCCCCUGCACCGGCUGCAACAACACCUUCAAAGACAGCGGCUCUCUGGCGGCCCACAGGAGGAUCCACACCGGAGAACAGCCCUACAGCUGCCUGUUCUGCGGGAAGAGCUUCCACAGCAAGGAGUACCUGAACCGACACAUGAAGUUCCACACGGGGGAGAAACCCUUCAGCUGCUCCGUCUGUGGAAAGGGCUUCGUGCAGAAGACAGACCUGAAGAUCCACAUGAAGGUCCACACCGGAGAGAAACUCUUCAGCUGCACUGUCUGCGGGAAGUGCUGCGCUGAAAAGUGGGACCUGACGAUCCACAUGAGGGUCCACACCGGAGAAAAACCCUUCAGCUGCUCCGUCUGCGGGAAGUGCUGCGCUAAGAAGGGGGACCUGACCAAACACAUGAGGGUCCACACAGGGGAGAAACCCUUCAGCUGCAUCGUCUGCGGGAUGAGAUGCACCCAGAGGGGCAGCCUGAAGAUCCACAUGAGGGUCCACACCGGAGAGAAACCCUUCAGCUGCUCCGUCUGCGGGAAGAGUUUCGCCGUCACCGGACGCCUGAAGAAGCACCUGAGGCUGCAUGAGGCUGGAGGGCAACAGGAAGUAGUAGGGAGUGAUUCACACUCAGCUGAAGACCAACAGGAAGUAGUAGGGAGUGAUUCACACUCAGCUGAAGACCAACAGGAAGUAGUAGGGAGUGAUUCACACUCAGCUGGAGACCAACAGGAAGUAGAACCUCUCUGUGGUUCUGGAGGGAGCGGUGACCCCCCUCGGCUGUCGGAGAUCAAAGGACAGAAAGAGACGGUAAAUGAACCAGGGCACUCUGGAGAAAGAUGUAAGGUUGGAGAAGUAGUUAUUUAACUUAAUCUGGCUCUGUAUGAUUAAAAGCAACACGAUCAUUGA